AUGUGGUGUAAGGUAGGCGGAGACGUAGGGGGCGAAUUGCCGGUCACAAAGUUUUCGGCUCUUGUCAUUCCGAUGUUGCCCGCUCGGCCUGCGACUUUAAAACGCCGAAACGCCAGUGUACACAAGGCGCAUAUUUGUCUGACCGAUGUUUGUUCAGCGUGGCAAUCCGGCUUCGCUGAACUUCUUCUGAUGGCAAGUACCACUCUCGCCCUUUACAACACUACACGUUUCGUUGACCUUCUUUCAUCGCCUGUCGUCAGUCACACUUGCGGUCAGCGGGCGAACUGGCCGUCAUCGUCAAAUGAACGACAACUCCUUGACGCCAGCAGCAGCGGCAGUAACUCGCAUCGCUUCGUCUCGUUUUGCCUCGCCUCUUUCUCCUCCCUGUCGGCUCUUCUCACUCGCCUGUUGACAAAGCAACGGAAGGAUCAACUGACCAGCUAUCCACAGCAUUCACCGAAUCACAGCCGCGGAUACGAUGGCUUCGAAAUAUGCACGUGUGGCGAAGAAACGGAUUUCGGCAAGCAUCUCCGGUAA